UUUUCAUUUUCCAGGGUUUCUGAUUUAUUUUGUGAUUUUCGGUUGUAAGGUCGGUUUCAGAGUUCUUUGUGGAAAGGUUUGUUUAUUAGGAACUAAAAAAGACCGCUCUUUUUUCUGUCCCUGGGGAACUUGAUGUGAUUAUUGAUUUUGUGGAAAUAGAAAUGGGUUAUGUUUGGCGGUUGAAUUUUUUUUUAUUGCAUUUGAUUUGGUGUAGAUUUUUGUUGGUGGUUAUGUUUGUUAUGCAUGCGUAACUGCAUAGCAUUUUUCUCCUCUAAAAGUGCUCCUCCUCUGUAAAGUACCUCCUUUUUAUUGGUAUACCACUUUUGACAUGUAUUAUGUGUUGGUUGAAGCCUUCUAUAGUAGUAUUGAAUAUGUGUCGAUGUUUGAAGUGGUUGCUUAACAUGCUUUGGCUUUCAGGUUAUGUUCCGUAUCACCCGAGAUGUUUCAAUUAUGGGAAGAACUUCUGGAUUAUUGAAGUUAUUUAUACCUAAUUUGCAAUUCGAACUAAUUCAUAUUUGUAGGCGAUACAGUUAGUGAUACUGAUACUUUGUAUGGUGUGUGUUGCAUGGCCUGAACAUGAUAUCUUGCUGUAUUGUGGCCAUGCUAUUUCUGCAUUUCGUAUGAAUAGAUUGAAGAGAUCGAUAGAAGCUUUUGAAGGAGCAAUGCUGAUAUUUAUGUUCCUUAGACUGGGAAAUAUACCAUUUCAAGUAGGAUUGGAAAAGGUUCUGUAUCCUCUUAACAACUACGAUCUUUUGACAAGCAGGGAUGUCUUAUUUACUUUGGCGCUCUCGAAUAUCUGAAUUUGAUGCGCAAGAUUGUCCGUCUAGUGCUCUUUAGUUAAAAUUUUAUGCAAUUAGAGGUAUCGUCAAAUGUCCGAAGGUGAAAUGGCAAUAAUCAAACCUGAGGUCAUGAAGUCUUAUAUUUGGCUCCAAACUGCUGAUGGCUCAAUACAACAAGUGGAAGAAGAGGUUGCCAUGUUUUGCCCCAUGAUAUGUCGAGAAAUAUUUCAGACUGGCAUGGGAUCUUCUAAGAAUUAUGCUAUUUCACUUCCACAAAGGGUUAAUCCAGCCAUUUUGAGUUUAAUAUUUGACUAUUGUCGGUUCCAUCAAGUACCAGGUCGCUCAAAUAAGGAGCGGAAGUCUUUUGAUGAGAAGUUCAUUCGGAUAGACACAAAAAGAUUAUGUGAGUUGACAUCUGCUGCUGACAGCCUCCAGUUGAAGCCAUUGGUUGAUCUUACCAGCCGUGCACUUGCACGCAUGAUUGAAGGGAAAACUCCUGAGGAGAUACGUGAGACAUUUCAUUUGCCUGAUGAUCUUACUGAGGAGGAAAAGCUGGAGCCCUUGAGAAACACGGCAGAUGAUCUGCGGAUCCGACUAUUGAAUAGGCUUUAUGCCAGAAAGAGGAAAGAACUUAAAGAGAAAGAGAAAAUGAAGCAGAAUGUUGAAGUAGAAGAGGAGCGUGUGGAUGACCGCUCUGUCGAUGAUCUCUUGUCGUUUAUCAAUGGAGGUGGUGGAGGUUCCAAGGGGGUUAGAGCUCCUAAACAUAAAAAGAAAAACCGAAGACAAAAAGACCAUUCAAAGGACCCUUUGUCGAACAAUGUAAAUCAAAACCACAAGGAGAUGGAUGACCUCUCUUCUGCAUGUCGUAAAGAAGAGUCUGGAAAUGUCUUUAUGAUCAGUCCCAGUAAACCGGCUAAAUUACAAGUUGCAGAUGAUGAUUUUUCCCCUAAAGUUGAGUUUGAUGAUGGUGAUAUUGACGAUGAACUCGACCCUGUGAUGAAGGAAGAACUUGAUAGGGAAGUGGAGGAUUUUGCCAGGAGAUUGAAUUCGGACUGGCCAGAGAGGAUGCAAGAGAUUCUAUCUUUGGGUCAAGAAAGAAGGCUUUUACCAAUAUCUAUGAAUGGCAAUGGUUCCUUGCGAAGAUAUAGAACAGGCCUGGAGAGGAGAUGAACCUCCUACAGCUUUUGAGAACAGCCAGCGGGUAACAGUUUUCAUGAGAUGCUUACAAAGAGGUGGCACAUGGUGGUGCAAUGCGAUUGGUGUUGUUUGAAUGUAAGUUUCUCUAUUAUACAUGCUUUCGCUGGAACAAAAUUUUGAUUAGUGGCAAAUCUUGUAUGUUGAUAAUAAGAAAAAUGAGUUGUUUAUGUGAGCCAA